AUUCCUUUUCCAGGUGCACGUUUGUUUUUAGGAAGCUGAUUGACUGAACAAAAUUGAGGGGACGUUCCACGGUGUUAAAAUUCAUUUUACACUGUUAAAACAAGAGCUUUCUUCGUUUUACUACAGCAAAUCAAAGCAAAUUACAGCCGACACUUCAAAAUGCAAAUGCGUACAAAACUCAAUUCUUGUGGUGCAUGCCUUAGAAUGCCCCCCUCUGGAUUGAAACCAAAAUCACGCGCCAGUGUCGCGUGCGCAGUUAAGCCUAAUGUUGUAGUGCUGGAAGCUCAGGGUCGAAUCUGCACCGGCCCUACUCAGACACGACCUCUUAAUGAAGAACAGGCUUCCAACGUUCUCCACACAAUCAUCAAAUCAGCAAGAGGAGAGCUAAAAAAUGAAGAAACAGUUUCAGCAGCACAACUUGGGGCAUUCUUUGCGGGCAUGACAAUAAGGGCUAAUGCUUUUCCUGAAGCCACCCAAUGGAGUGAGGGAGAAACACGAGCAAUUAAUGCAUACUGGCCACUUCUUACUGAGACUUUGCCACAAGAUGUACUUUUUAUAGCAGACCCAGAGGGCUCUCUGAUGGGUGGAGCUUCUCCUGUUGGACCUCGAUUUCAUGGAAAUCAACAUACAGAAAUGAGAUUAGUAGGGGCUUUGAGAGAGGUUUUGGCAGGUGGUCAUCUUGGUUAUGAAGAGGUUGCAGGUCUACUUAAGGAUGUACUUCCAUUUAAUGGGCACCAGAAAAGGCCAAACACUGUUAGUGAAUCAUUGCUUGCAGCUUUUUUGAUUGGUCAGCGCAUGAAUGGAGAAACAGAUCGGGAGCUUAAAGCAUAUUGCCUUGCUUUUGAUGAUGAACUUGGUCCUCCACCUGUAGCAAAUGUCAAGUCAUUGACACACUAUGGAGAACCUUAUGAUGGAAACACGCGGUUCUUUAGAAGCACAUUGUUUGUGGCGGCAGUUAGAGCAAGUUACGGAGAAACUUGUCUUAUGCAUGGGGUAGAGUGGAUGCCUCCAAAGGGGGGCAUAACAGAAGAAAAAAUGCUUGAACUCAUGGGAGCAUAUACAAUGCUUCCUCCCACAGCAGCUGUGAAACUUCUUGAGGAUGAUCAGGUUGGCUUUGCAUACGUAAGUCAGCGGGAAGCUCGACCAUCCUUAUAUUCACUUAUUGGUCUAAGGGAACAUAUCAAAAAGCGGCCACCUAUUGCAACAACUGAGAAAGUUCAACAAUUUGUGAAGGCAUCUGGAAGAGAGGCAAUAAUGGCUGGUUUUUAUCAUGAAGGUUAUGAGGAGUCUUUAUUAAUGCUCAUGAGAAGACGGGGAGUUGAUUCUGGAUUAGUAGUCAAGGGAGAGGAGGGUUCAUUAUCUUUAACAACCAAAGCACGGUCAGUAAAUGCUACGAAAGGUCUCCCUGUGAAUCAUUGUUCUGGAUUUCGUGCUGUGGCAUUAACUGAGGAUAAUGCGACUCAGGCUGAUGGAGUUCUCCGUGAAACUUUCAGUGUUGAUAUCGAUGCAGCAGAUUAUGGUUUUCAACCAACUCAAACCCCAAGAACUGAUAGAUCGGUUGCAAAAAAUACUGAGCUAGGAUUAUCUGCACUUCGGGGUGAAAAAGGUCCAGCCUAUGAUCGUAUUUUGUUGAAUGCUGCUGUGGCUGACCAUUUACUGGGAUGCUCAGGUGCAUCCGAUAUGCUUUCUGCACUGGAAAGAUCCAAAGAAGCUAUUGACAGUGGGAGGGCAUUGAGUACAUUAUUAAAUUAUAUUAAGACGAGUCACAAAAUGAAGCCACCAAAAUAAUUCCAAAGUUGCAUUGCUUGCUGCAUCAGCAUGCAAACAAUACAACUGAUUUCAUCUUGAGUUCAGAGGGAAAUGAUACCAGGUGAAGGAAUAAAUGCAUGUAAAACAUUAUUGUCCAAGACAAAUUUUGAGAUACUGUCAGCUUCGACAGCCAGCCAGAUUAAGACUUUGGCUAGCAUUGGAGGAUACAUUUUCCUUACAACCGAUUUUUGCUAGGUGAGAACCAAUGACCAAACCCUGGCUUCACUUUUGUAGUUUCAAAUGUUACACAUGACUCAUUCAAUUCAAAAAGUAUGUGUAUGAAAAAUUAUGUUUAGAAGUCCCUAAAAUCAUUGACAAAUGUAAAUGCUUUAGUCUCUGUUUGAGGCUUUUGCAGCCCAUAAUAUUACAAUGUAACUAUGUGAAAAAAAGAAAUAAAUAAAAAAGUGAUAGUUAAUAUCUUACCA